AUGGAGCAGUGCCCACCAGUCCUGGUGCUGGUGGCCCUGUGUUCCUGGUCCCAGCACCUCAUACUGUCUUUGCAGAGCUCCACACAUGAAAUUGAUGAGGAGCUGGUCCACGGGGUCAUCUACUCCAUCUCCCUGCAAAAAGUGCAGGUGCAUCAGGGGGUCAACAAGGGUCAGCACUGACUCUGGUGCGACAGGGAGUCUGCCCUGAAGCUGUACGAGGCCCACAUGGUGCGCACACUCAAGUUGGGCACCCUGGAGACGCUGGUGGAGCACCUGGUGCCCGCCUUCCAGGGCAGUGACCUCUCCUACGUCACCAUCUUCCUGAGCACCUACCGUGCCUUCACCACCACCCAGCGGGUCCUGGACCUGCUGUUCAGAAGAUAUGGCUGUGUCUUCCCGUAUCCCAUUGGGUACGAUGAGUCCCAGGACCAACUGAAGGGUACCAUCUCCUCCAUCCUGGGCAUCUGGGUGGACGAGUACUCCGAGGACUUCUUCCAGCCCCCCGACUUCCCAUGCCUCAAGCUGCUGGUGGCCUACGCACAACUCAACUUGCCAGGCUCCGACCUGGAGCGCCGUGUCCACCACCUCCUGGCCCAGCUGGAACAUGCCCAGCUUGCUGAGAGCCCUGUCCCUCCGGCAGCUGUGCCAGCUUUGCAACCCUCUCCAGAGCGAGAGCCGACUCUGAUGGCUGAUGAGCUGCAGCUCAAGCCUGCCCUGGCGCCUGGGUCAGAUGCAGGGCUGCGGUCUGCCCUCGCCCCCACGCUGGAGCCUGCCUGGCCUACGGCUGCAGACAACGGGCUGGCCGAGAAGAAGCCGCUCAUCCUGGCUUUCCCCCCUGACCUGGUGGCCGAGCAGUUCAUGCUGAUGGACGUGGAGCUGUUCAAAAAGCUGGUGCCCUACCACUGCCUGGGCUUCAUCUGGUCCCAGCCGGACAAGAAGGGCAAGGAGCGCCUGGCGCCCACCGUCUGCGCCACUAUCACCCAGUUCAACAGUGUGGCCACCUGCGUCAUCACCACCUGCCUUGGGGACAAGGGCAUGACGGCCCUGGCCAGGGCCAGGGUGGUGGAGCACUGGAUCGAGGUGGCCAGGGAGUGCCAGAGCCUCAAGAACUUCUCGUCGCUCUACGCCAUCCUCUUGGCUCUGCAGAGCCGCUCCAUGCAGCGCCUGAAGAAGACGUGGGAGGAGGUUUCCAGGGACAGCUUGCAAAUCUUUCAGAAGCUGUUGGAAAUCUCCAAAGAGAACAAUGAUUCGCUCAGCAAAGCGCUGCUCAUCCAGGAGGGCACCUCCAAGUUUUCUAUCCUGGAGGUGAACCCCAAGCAAGCCCAGAAGCGGUCGAAGGAGACGGGUGUCAUCGAGGGCACCGUCCCCUACUUGGGCACUUUCCUCACUGAGCUGGUGAUGCUGGACGCGGCCUUGAAGGACUACAUCUAUGGGAGACUGAUCAACUUCGAGAAGAGGAGGAAGGAGUUCGAGGUGCUCAUGAAGAUCAGGCUGCUGCAGUCUGCCUGCAACAGCGAUGGCCUCUUGCCGGAGGAGCGCUUCCUGGCGUGGUUCCGUACCAUGGAGAGGCUCAGUGAGAAGGAGAGCUACAACCUCUCCUGCGAGCUGGAGCCCCGCCCUGAGCCGGCCAGCCAUACCCUCAAGGACAAGAAGAGCAGAGCCAUGGGCAAGCGCUGCAGCCACCGCCAGGUUUCCAGUGCGGAGCUCAGCACCAGCCUUCGCCUCAGCAGCACGGACACUGCCCAAGCUCACGGUGUCCACUCGGCCAGCUCGUCCGGCUCCAACACGGAGGAGAUCAACAUGAGCUUUGCGCCCGAGUUCCCGGACGCCCAGGAAAAGAAGUUCUGGGAGCCCGCCGCCCAGUCGUGCUCUGAGAUCUCGGGCCUCAGCGCUGCCCCCAGCAGCAGUACUUCAGCCUCCGCCAAGCCCGUGGCCUCCCCAGGUGCGCACAGGAACGCAGUCUCGGGGGGCUGCGGCCACAGCCAGGCGCUGCCAGGCUACAACCAGCAGGUGGGCGACUGCUGCAUCAUCCGCGUCAGCCUGGACCUGCACAAUGGCAACAUGUACAAAAGCAUCCUGGUGACCAGUCAAGAGAAGGCCCCCACCGUGAUCCGCAAGGCCAUGGACAAACACUUUCUGGAUGGAGACGGGCUGGAGGACUAUGAGCUGGUGCAGAUCAUCUCAGAACAGACAAAGCUGAAGAUUCCUGACAACGCCAACGUGUUCUACGCCAUGAACUCUGCGGCCAACUACAACUUUGUGCUGAAGAAGCGGACCCUCACCAAGGGGGCAAAGGCCGGGCCUGGAGCCCGCUUCACAUUCCUGCACAGGAGGCAGAAGGGGCUCAAGAUGGCCAAUGGCCUCUUCUGA